CCCAAAGAGGAGGAAGGCGACGCUCACCCCAACAGACAGACCAGAGGUUUGUUGAGAGCUAAGAUCGAGGGCGGAGAGGGAACUAUACCUGUCAAGAGGGACGCCAUUCUGACGUGGGACGGCAUACUUCAGGGCCAUCAAAGGCUACAGUUCAUGUCCUGUUCCGAUAAGAUUGCCGUUUGGAAUGUCGUCGGAAUACAGGGCGCUCUAUUGAGUCACUAUAUAGAGCCCGUAUAUCUCGAGUCCGUAGUGUUGGCCUCACUCUUCAAUUAUGAGCAUUUGGUUCGCGCCCUUCACUCCCGACUUAAUCUCAAUUACGACUCCAAUUCACUGAAAGACAUGCCGGAGACCUAUGCCCUCAAUAAGUCUAAAGUAGCCAAAUGUCAGCUUAAAGAGGACAUCACCCGACAGUUAACAAAAGCGCCCAACUAUGCGCUCAAUUGGAUUAAAGGGGACGACAUACCAGAACUGGUGUCCACCGAAAGCGGACGCAUUCACGGCGAUAGCACCGGUGUGUCUCGUUUGGCCAAACGGUCACUGUUUGGCCGACUCUGCGCUCUUUUGGGCCGAAACACAGCCACUCUUCCCACCUGUUCUUUGGGUCAAAACAUUCCGAUCGUCUACAGAGACGGCAAGACAUCGGCUCACGAGUACCAGAGGGCGAAGACUCUGUGUAUGCAGGCGUUUCAGGAACAAAAUCUGGGGCAAUGGAUACAAGUGCCCACUGAGAUCGACCUCUUCAGGCUAUGAUCACCACUCGAUGCCCUUUGGGCUCUAAUUCAUGCACUAAUUGUGACCAACUUUUUGGAUACAAUCAUUUGGAUUGAAUUUAAAAGUUUUUAAUCAUUAUAUUUCCAAAACAUUGA